AUGGUGCCCUCAGGAAUGUUUUCCUUUUCUUCUCAAACAGGACCAUCGGACCCCUUGAGUGGUUCGUGGGAAACGACAGGAGAAGGUGCACAGAACUUUCAAGACUUCUCAGACAACGGAUCUGCCCACCCGGGAGACUCCGAGGACUUUUCUUUCCAAGUUGAAGGCCACAUCACACCCCGAGGACAAGGACAAUCCGUUGAGGAUCUGCAGAGCAAGUGGACUGCUCCCGCACCUGCCACGACCGUGGCGCCCGUCGGUGGCGAGCCGAUGCGGCGAGGAACUUCAAGGAGUUCCACUGGAAGCCGCAAGCACCGGAUUACCAAAAUCACAUCUCCCAAGUCUCGGCCCAGAAUGACUUCUGCGUCGUCUCAAGUAUCUACACAACUGUCCUCCCUGGACAUGACAGGUAAUGCUUCUGUGUUCUCUGGACCUCAGCCCAACGGCCAGUUGAUGGACGUGAACUACUUCUUGGAAUCGGACGCGGGUGCCGUCUCGUCCCAAUGGUUUAACUCAAUGGAACUUGGGAUUGUUCCGGAUGGCCUUCCAUCCCAGCAGGCGGACAUGACCAUGCACGUCGUGCCUGCCCAGAUGCAACUGGACCCUGAUUCGAGCCUUGGAGCUCACUCCCCAUCUGCCUCCUGGAACUCGUUCAGCCCACCGGAAUCACAACUCUCUUCCCCGGCUCAGAGCCCUGAGGAGGUGUGGCUGUCUGCCCCCCUCAUGUCUUCUCCGUCUCACUCGGAGCAUGUCUCUCCCAUUAUUCAGAGCCAGUCUCCCAGUGUCAACGGCAAGUUUGGCCCGGAACUCGUUGGCGAUGAACUGUCUGGAAGCGUCCUCACCAUUGUCGGCGAUGCCGCACUGCCCCCUGCCUUCCCCAGCCGCAGGAACACCAACGAGGGUGACUCUGCACGAGACCACCCUUUGUACAAGAAUGCCACUCCUCAGGCCGAUGGCCUCUUCCACUGCCCCUGGGAGGGAGAUUCCAGCUGCAACCACAAGCCCGAGAAGCUGAAGUGCAACUAUGACAAGUUCGUGGACUCUCAUCUGAAGCCUUACCGCUGCAAGAUUGAGUCUUGCGAGAACGCUCGCUUUUCUUCUACUGCCUGCCUUCUUCGCCAUGAGCGCGAGGCCCACGCUAUGCAUGGUCACGGUGACAAGCCCUUUUUGUGCUCUUAUGACGGAUGCGACCGCGCCAUGCCCGGCAACGGAUUCCCCCGCCAGUGGAACCUCAAGGACCACAUGCGUCGUGUCCACAAUGACAACGGUGCUCCCGGAUCCCCUACCAACGCCUCCAGCGGACAGCAAAGCUCUAAGGGCCGCAAGCGAAAGGACGCGCCCAAGGCCGGACCCGCGCCCCCCUCGCGCAAGGUUACUGCCAAGGCCACUGUUGUUGAGGCUGCUGCCAAGGAGGAGCAGUCUUGCAAGCCCCUGAUUGAGGAGUGGAUUUCCCACCGUCAGGCGCUCGAGGACAUAAUCCGCGGCCUCACCCAGCCUGAGGACAGCAAGAACGCUCAGCUUAUCAAGGAUGCUCACAACCACCUCUCUGCCAUGGGAAAGAUCGGACUCAGCCUGAGCCCCUCUCAGCAGCAAGUGGAUGUCACCCAGGCUCCCUUCAACGGAAACUUCGUCCAGGCCGGAUGA